AUGACGAACCACGACACAACUGCGACCAAACCACUACACAACUAUGACAAACCACUACACAACUAUGACAAACUACUACACAACUACGACCAAACCACUACACAACUACGACCAAACCACUACACAACUACGACCAAACCACUACACAACUACGACAAACCACUACACAACUACGACCAAACCACUACACAACUACGACCAAACCACUACACAACUACGACCAAACCACUACACAACUAUGACAAACCACUACACAACUAUGACAAACCACUACACAACUACGACCAAACUACUACACAACUACGCCCAAACCACUACACAACUACGACCAAACCAUUACACAACUGUGACCAAAGCAACUACACAACUCCGACCAAACCAUAA